CGUUCGUUGGCCUUUUUGGCCUUCGGUGCUUGCCGUACUCGACAAAAUACUGGCUGCUCUUACGCACGUUACUUCAAUGUUGAAGCCGUGCCGCGUUCGCUAUUCUGCAGGGGGAGAGAAGGGUCUGUGUUUCAGGUGGGGAGCCGUGUAGUUACCUUGCUUCCGGGAAAUUUCCGUACGCAUCGAGAUGACUGCAGUCUUAGUUAGCUAUGUACAUAUUUGGUAGCUAGCUAUAAUGCACUAGAUAAAGAGAGAACUUGGUACAAUGAGACACAGGAACAGGAAGCCCUGGAAAUCAUAGGUGUGGAGGACAGAAGUCAUGGUGGUGAACCUGUGUCUUCCGCAUUUUGAGACCACCGUGCAGUGCAAUAAGCUGUCCGCAGAUGGGUACGACGUCUCGAACCUGCUGUCAGCGGACGCGAAGCUCCGCUUGCGGGGCUUCAGGCUGGAGUAUUUCCUGCGGCCCCCUGUGCAUGUGACGCUCCGCUUCCGCUUCCGGGUGGAGAUCUGCCGGGUGGAUGUGGCCCUCUGGCCCUCCGGCAUGGACCACGGCCAGAUGCCCCGGGGCCUGGAGAUCCACAUGUCUUCCAACCCCCCACCGGACGGGCCGCACCUGGACCUCAGACACUUUCGGCUGGUGGGCCGCUGCGAGGUGAAGGAGGCCCUGUGUGUCAGCUUUGCUCUGCCCUGUUUUAGGUCCCGCCCUCCAUUUCCAGAGCCUCCCCCUGAGCCCCCAGCAGAGGCCAGGCGUGAGGAGCUGUGGAGCCGAGGGCCCCAGUCACUGGGCUCUGUGACUCAGCUCCGGGUUUCUCUUCCAUAUGGAGGAGCUGGCUCACCGCUUGGGCUCAAGGCCCUUGCAGUGUGGGGACUGCCAGCUCACUGCUGCCCCCCACUGGUGUUGGAAAGGAUUGUAAAGGCACACCAGGAUAGUCAGAGGCAGGCUUCUCCAACACCUGCCCUGCCUCAGCCCUCACCACCUACCUCAGAUUCACCUUUCCCAGACUCUAACAUUCCCCAGGAGUUCCUAGACCCGUUUACGCAGGAAGUCAUGACGCUGCCAUUGCUGCUGCCCAGUGGGGUGGUGAUUGACAAUACCUCACUGGAGAAGUACCAGCGACAGGAGGCCAGCUGGGGCCGCCUCCCCAAUGACCCUUUUACCGGGAUUCCUUUCACCCGGGAUUCCCAGCCUCUGCCCAACCCAGACAUGAAGGGCCGCAUUGACCGCUUCCUGCUACAUGGUGGUGCUGCUGUGGGCAGGACGGGGCAGCUUGGACGAGUGGUGCAGCAGGAAUUGCCACACCCAUCCAGGUUGGUUAAUUUUGGAAGCUCCGACGGCUCUCUGGCGGCCUCAGACUCUCAGGGUCCCCCCAAGACAUUGAGCAGCCAUGCAAAACCACAGACUGUGGGAACGCCUCAUCCAGAGGAGACCCCAAUAUCACCGCAACCUCAAGUGUGUGGGGGAUCCGAAAUCCAGCAGGGGGCAGCGGAGCGUGGCUGGCAGGUGCGGGAGGGAUGGACCCUGGUGAAAGAGCCUGAGGGUAAAUCAAGCAGGGGGACAAGGCCAUCCUUGUAUGGCAGGAAGAGAGCGCUUGAUAAGCAUCUGGGAAGUCCCUCCAGCUGCAGACCGGGCCCUUCCUCAUUGGUGGAUCCAGACUCUGCAGACAGCCCGUGUUCUAUGCCAGAGGUGCCCCCAAAACACCUUAGGAAACAGGAGGACACCUUAGUCUGCUCAGGCCCCAGCAGCAUCUCCCAUGAGCAGCGCCUGUCCGAGAGCCUGGAUCAGGCCCUGAAGUCCGCUCUGGGAGCCUGUCCUGGGUUCACUGCCCAUCGUGCUCAGGAACCGGGGUCAAGCAAUAAUGCCAUGCAGGGUGGCGGCAUGGGUGCAAAGAGGUGUGGACAGUGCUCUUGUGCUUUCACAGCGUUCCCUGGGUCCCCGCCAGCCUUCCGCCUGCCCUGCGGACACCUGCUCUGUCGGCCCUGCCUGUCCACCAGAUGCCCCCCGAAGCCCCCAUAUUCCUCCCUGUCUUGUCCCACCUGUGGCGCCCCGGCAAGGCCCAGCUCCGUCGUGCGUGUGCACUGCUGAACAUGUGCAAUCAGCAGCGCGUCCGUGAUGUUCACUUCCACAAAAUUCUUGUUUUAAUUGUCUGCUUGCUCCUCUAAGGUCAAAGAGAAUAAAGGAGCACAGCAAUGUGCCACAGCAUGCAUUUAUCUUUCGAAACAAAGCUUGUGAAGUUGAAUGACUGAGUGGAUGUAUGUGUGCACCUUUUGAGUAAGCACAAGGCCUUGGGCCAAUAGCUAUUGUUGUGGCUGGAAUUAAAAAGUACCGUACAACUGGGGGGUUGCCAAGGCUGUCAUGUCUUUGUCUGGGAGCAAACCCCAUGUCCCCAGCUAUCGAUUGGCCGUCAGACACUGGAAGAUGCGUGAAGGUGACCAUGUGUGUAUAUCCACAGACAUGCAUGCCACAUGAAGAACUUGAUGGCAGUGGAGUAUGUGUUUACUUAUGGAAGAGGUGACCACCUGAAGCCCAAAUGCAUGCAGAUAUGUAAACUGGCAUCUUUAAAUUGCCUGUAGCUUGAGAUGGAUUAGCAUUCGGAGGGUUCCCCUGUCUAUGUGUCCUAUUCUGUCUGAGAUAGGCUCCAUUCACUGAAAUGACCCCUUGUUGGAUAACCUGUUGGAAGAUAAAUUAAGAUAUUUCGUCAAUCAAGUCUCUUGAGCUUGGUGUAAAUCUAAUGGUUUUGAUUGCUUUAGAAAAGUGAAUCUGGUGUAAGAUGCUGUGUUAAUACCCUCCAGUUGCAGUAGGAUGAAUUUGGGCUGAGUGAAUUAAUUAUCCCUGUCAAAUUAAUACAUUGUGGAGAGGUGAAGGUGCACAAUGUCUCUAAAAGUCUGAAACUGAUACUUGAUUGGAAGGAAUGUUACAUCUGUAGUUAUAUGAUUGGGAACAGAUAAUUAAAGAUAGAAAACAUUGCAUUACAAGCACCAAUGAGAAGGACUUCAUGAAGCCCAACCUUUAGAGGUGGCAGGACAGGAUUAGCAUUCUCUAGUGCAAUAAUUGUAUUCCUUGGUCUGGGAAUACAUAUUGUUUGGGGACCAGUCUGCUGCCGCCGCAGACACUUAUCUCAUUAGCAUGAUAACUGAAAAAGUAUUUGAUGGGUCUUUUUCAAAUUUUGCAGAUGCAUUUGCAUUUUGCAGAUGGUGAAAUUUUGAGACAAAUUGCACCAAAAUUGAAGCAGUGCCACACACUAAUAGCAAAGAGAAUGGUGACUGCAGAAAACUAGCUGCUGUUAGUACAGUAACUAAAAGUAUUCAAAGGAUCAUUUUCAAACUUCCCAGAAACAUUAUGUAAGUGAUGAUUUCAUUUUGAGACAAAUCACACCAAAACUGAAGCAGUGUCACUUACUGGUAGCACAUGAAAGGACAGCCACAGGCGCAGAUCUGGUGAAGCUGACUAUAAUGAGGCAAGGCAUGCAAGUUGGGCUUUUAAUAAAGAUUUUUUGGAGAGGUGGGAAGAGUCUGUAGGGGGGCCAGAGGUUGUAGAGGACAGGGGUGGGAAGAGUAGGGUUGCGAUGGGGCCAUUGGGGGAGUAUAUUAUUGUUCUGACAGCAUCAAGUUUCGCCAUAAUUCAAGCAUUGUAAUAAUAUAAUGCACAGUCUACCUCAGAGAUGGGUAAUGUGUGAGGGGCAGAUAUUCACCCAUCAUUUUGGUUCCUCUGUUCUUCACAGUGGAUAUAGACUGUUAUGUAACCAUAGUGCUUUGUAAACCACAGAGUCAAAAAUAUGUGUGUUGCAUCAGGCACUUUACUAGGUAUGACAAUGUGAUGCUAUUCAUGUAUGUCCACGAUGAAGGAUACGUGUUGUCACUCAUUAUAUCCAAGGCCAUGCAUGCUACAUUGAUGGAACCUUUUGAGUCUUUAAAGGAUAUCCACAGCUUUUCAGACCUCUCCCGGCACAUAGCUACCUAGUAAAAUAAAGGAUUUGAACCCCCCUGAAA